AUGGGCAAGAGUAAUAAGAGUGUAAGAUUUAGCAAGAGUGACAAGAGUGUAAAAAUUGGCCAGAGUAAUAAGAGUGUAAAAAUUGGCAAGAGUGACAAGAAUAUAAAAAUUGGCAAGAGUAAUAAGAGUGUAAGAAUUAGUAGAAGUCGCAGAAGUGUAAUAUUUAGUGAGAGUGACAAGAGUGUAAAAAUUGGCAAGAGUAAUAAGAGUGUCAUAUUUAGCAAGAGUGACAAGAGUGUAAAAAUUGGCGAGAGUGAUAAGAGUGUAAGAUUUAGUGAGAGUGACAAGAGUGUAAAAAUUUGCAAGAGUGAUAAGAGUGUAAGAUUUAGUGAGAGUGACAAGAGUUUAAAAAUUUGCAAGAGUGAUAAGAGU